CGACGCGGCUGCUUGCUCCCCUCAGCGAUGAAGUGCUUUGGUGUACAGCCCAAGGAAAGCUAAUACGGUUUGGGAAAGCUGCAGGAGGUGAGAAAGCGCCUUUUUCUUCUGCGCGUCUGCGAUCCUCCUAACGACCAGCCUCGUGGAAGUGGCACGUCGGGCGUAGAUGCGAACACUCUUUGAAAAGGCGGUGUCAGAUUAAGGGCUUCCCUGCAGGGAUAGCGAUCCUCCCAGAUUUCUGUGAAUGAAGAUUGUCUUCACUUUUCUGUUUUAAAAACCGUGUCUGGUCCAAAAUGUCCUUUCCCUUCUGCCAGCUUAUGUGAGAAGACUCUACAACUACCUGAGUGUCUGAAUUUGUAGUUUUACCAAAGAAACAUCUUGGAGAUUCAUCUCAUUCCCAAGAUCAUAGUAUUUAGUAUUUAGAGUUAUCCUCCUUCUUCUAAGUUAUAUUUUGGAAAUCAAAAUGAAAACUUUCUGCAGAAUUUUAGAACAACUAUAUAAGAAGAUACUUCUUGGAGCUUCACUUGAAAAUGACAGUCUUGAUUACACCUUAUAUCUCAAUCCAACCUUUCCAAAUCAGGAUUUCCCUACGGUGACCUCCCCAAUGUGGUCAAAUACUCAUGUUGUCUGGAGCACUCAGAAGCCAUGCUCUUUCAAUUUGGCUCUCAUUUCUGUAGCACCAGAGUGUUUGAAGAGACCCUCUUCUCUGAGUAGUGCCCGAGAAGUAAUGCUGCUUCAAUUAACAGUGAUCAAAAUGAUGAUAACCAGAAUAUUAUGCAUUAAAACUGAGUUGCAUGUAAAGGAGCAAUACAAAAUAAUUAUAAAAAAUCUUUUAGAAUCAUCUGACGUGGAUUCUAAAUUGAUCUGUGUAUUCCAAAAUUCAGAUAAACUCUUAUCUCACAUGGCUGCAGAGUGCCUUGCACUGCUUCUACAUUUCCAACUACGUGAGAAGAUGACAUUAAGCAGUUCCUGGAUUACUUUUUGCCAAAAAACCCUUUCUGAAUACAUUGAGAGUGAUAAGGUAGUAUACUGCCUCCAGACUCUUAUAAUUGUAAUAAAAGAAAUCUUGAAAGAUACAUUUUCACAAAAAACAGAAAUUCUAAAGCAGUUCCUGGCUCCUUUUGAUACUACUUUUGGAAUGUUUUAUUAUUCCAUAUUUUCUCCGUGUUUUGAAAAAUGCCAAGAGAGUUCUAAAAUAAUAAACAGCUUGAUGUGUUUCCUGGAGUUUCUUGAACUUCUUGUAUCCUCCAGAAUCUACCUGCAGUUACAUUUCACUUGCCAGAGGAUUUUCUUUCUGAGCCCUUCUUGUGUGCUGGCUGUUCUUACCUGGCCCGCUCCAGCUUUUGUCAAAAGGAAGUUGAUCAUAUUUAUGAAAAAGUGCUUUCUCUGUAAAGUAGGUGAAGACCUCUUUCGUGGAUGUGUUCCUGUACUCAGGCCACAAGAUGAGCUUUUAGAUAUGGACAUGUUGGCUCUAGCAAAUGCUGUUUUGGAUGCUGUGAAAAUAGGGUGGUUGAGAACAUUGCCUAUUCUUGAAAAAUCUUCCUGCUUUGGAGGCGACAACAUUCAGCCAGGAUGUGAAAGUAACCGUAGUCCAGAUCAUGUGAUCCUUAGAGCAGCAUCUUUAGUUUUAAUUAAAUCCUUGGAACUCAAGUUUCAAAGUUGUACUUCACUAAGUGAAAUACAAGUUGAUUUACAGAGAUUCAUGUCUGAGUUACUGACCUUCUUAACGCAUCAUCUUCAACCUUCUCUGCGGUUACAUAGUCCAUGUGAGUGGCUGUCUAGGGUGUUUAUAGAACAGGAUGAUGACAUGCUAGAAGCUGCCAAGGGAACUCUGGGCCUCUACCUAAAGUUGACCAGAGACUGUUGUGAAGCUUCUGGAUGCACAGCCCAAGAAAAGGAAAUGUGGAAUCGUCACACACAUGAAUGUGGCUAUAAUCCUCACUGUAUUUUCUUGUUCUUUUUAAAAAAUGUAGGAUUUGAUUCUACAUUUCUUCUGGAUUUUUUGAUUUCAUCAGAAACUUGUUUUCUUGAAUAUCUUGUUCAGUAUUUAAAAUUACUCCAAAGAGACUGGCAUACAUUUUUUACCAUUUGCAAGUGCUUUGAUGAAUCAAAAAAUGGCAUCAGUAGUGGCUGCAUUCUUUCACCUCUCCCAGAAAGAAGCACCAACCCAACAAAGUCACCUUACUGGAGUACUCUUGAAAGUCAGCUAGAUGCUCGUGCUUGGCUAUACUCAGAUUCUGAUGCUUCUUCUGCACCUUGGAAGAGGCAAUGUGAUGACCAGGCCAGGAUGUCCAAGGACACUCAUUCCAGGCUUUGUACUGCUAGUCUGUCGUCCUCUUGUGCUUCCCAAAGUUUGGUAGAUUAUGAUAGUUCUGAUGAUUCAGAGGUGGAAUCUACGGACCAUAGUUUGGCAAACAGUAAGCAGAUGUCUUCACACAAAGAAGCAGUGACGAUACAGGAGGCAACUGGAACAAAUAGCAGUAAUAAAGAGCUGGCUCUAGAACCUUGGUCAAGGCCUUUGGUUGUAAAAGAAUCUAAUUGUUCCUUCUCUGUUGAUUGCGACGUGUCCAUAAAUAGUAUUGUCUCUGAAGCAGGGAUAUUUUACAAAACAGUUAAGUGCUUUGAAGAGUUACAUAGUGGUAUUUACCGUUUGCAGAAGAAAAAUCUUUUCCCAUAUAAUCCAACAGCACUUUUAAAGUUGCUAAAAAAUAUUGAGAAAAUGUAUUAAGACUAUAAAGCCUUUGUAAAACAGCAUUUUACUUCCAAAAGUAAAUAUUUUCUCUUAAUGUGUAAUUAUGAAGAUGGAGCAGGGCCACGCAGAGUUGCAGAGUUUCGUUCUGUUGUGCAUAGGGUCACUGGGUCAGAACUGACUCUUGAUGGCAUCUGAUAACAAUCACCACUGCCAAGUGUAAUUUGUAUCUAAAUAAAGAUAAUGUUUUCUUGGAAAAUAACUCAAAGGUGUUCUUCAGUUUGUUAGUUUUUCCUGCAAAAAGACACAUCAAUAUUAGGUCACUUGCUACCAGUGUAUGCAACUUAAAAUUUAUGGUUAUUUAAGCUUACACAAAAUUGAGGAUGUCUGUUUCUACUGAAGAUGUUUAAAUGUGAUGUCAUAUUAAUAUCAUUGUUAUCUUUUAAAGGAGAGGCAGGAAAAUCAAGUUUUAGUGUGUUUAUUAGAUUUGUGUACUAUGAACAGCAAUGAUAUACUGGUAAUCUGUCAUUAAAGCAAACUGAAAUUCUA